AUGGGUAAAUUCAGAAGCACCCUCCGCAAGAUGUGCUGUGGCAAGAACUCUGCAUCAGUUGUCUCCCAUGGCGCAGAGUCCCCUACUACGCCACCGGUCAAGGAAGAGCCAGAAAGCUCGCUGGAGACUUCCAGCCCGCCGACCAAGGAAGAGCCAAAAAAGUCGCUCUCGACUUCUAGCUCGUCGACCAAGCCCGCCAGCUCUCCUUCCACGCCCGAUGAGCCUGUCGUGCAAGUACAGAAGGAACCCGAACCCUCUUUCGGCCCGCCAGCCCUCGAUCAAACUCCCAUUCCUCCUCCUCCUCCAACGACAGCAACAACAACAACGACAACAAUAAUAACAACAAUAACAACGACAGCGAAAUCAACAACAGACCCCUUCCCAGCUUCUCCACGCCCUUUUCGCGCUCCCAUACGCUCCUCAUACACCAAAGCCUACGGCCUCGCCCACGAACAAGGCAGCAAACUCCAACUCGGCACACCCAGCCGCACUCUCCACCCGCCUCGCGCCAUUCUCCGCGCCGAACAGAAAACCUGUUCGAACUUCUUCUGCGAAAUCCAUCUCGCCAAGAGGUCGCCGCAGCAAGUAUUGUGGUUGGCGAAGAGGAAGAUGAUCAGGGAGAUGGAGGCGUUGGUUGCCCAAAUGGAAAAGGGCAAGGAGAAGGAGAUGUGGAUGAGGAAAUUGGCGGCUUUGAAGGGCGUCGAGAUGUAUGAUGAUGAUAGUGAUUUUGAGACUGAGAAUGAUUUUGAUGAUUCUGAUAGUGAUUUUGAUUAUGAUAGUGAGAGUGAGGGCGAGGAUGAGAUUGCGGCUGCUUUUGACGAGAAUGAAGGAGAGGAGGAGGAGGAGGAGGAGGAGGAGGAGGAGCAGAGGGAGUCGAUGGCGAGUUUGGCGGAUUUGGAGACUCUCCAGGCGAUUUAUGAAUGA